CUCCCCGGCGCAUGGAAGAAAGGAGGCGGGGGAAGGAGCAUGGAAAAGGGAUGCUUGUUAUGGCUGUCAAAGCAGCACUGACGGUUAGGAAAACGACCCUUUUCAUGUCACAUUGACAGGAAUUCUAUGCAACAUGUUCGCCUCUGCAAUUUCCAUAUGGAUGGCUAUAGUUUACAUUGUGCAUGCCAAUGAUGUCCAACACACCAAUUUGCAUGAGAGAAAUGCCUCCAUGGGCUUGAAGCAGAGACCACCGUUGUUCAGAGAUGUGGUCACCAUCUUGUCGAGGUCGCACGCGGACCGCAACGUCUACCCGUCUGCAGGGGUGCUGUUUGUCCACGUGUUGGAGAGAGAGUACUUCAAAGGAGAGUUCCCUCCGUACCCAAAGUCAGGUGAUGCCACCAGUGACCCCAUUACCUUCAACACAAACCUGAUGGGCUACCCAGACAGGCCCGGCUGGCUGCGCUAUAUACAGCGGACCACCCACAGUGACGGCGUCCUAUAUGGUUCCCCAACUGGCCAGCAUGCGGGCAAGCCCACCAUCAUAGAGAUUACCGCUUAUAACAGACGCUCCUUCGAGACGGCGCGCCACAAUUUGGUUGUAAACAUCAUGGGAAAUGAAGAGUACCCUCUGCCCUACCAGGCUGAGUUCUACAUAAAGAACAUGAACGUGGAGGAGAUGCUGGCCAGCGAGGUGCUGGGUGACUUCCUGGGCGCCGUGAAGAACGUGUGGCAGCCCGAGCGGCUCAACGCCAUCAACAUCACGUCGGCUCUGGACCGCGGCGGGCGCGUGCCGCUGCCCAUCAACAACCUCAAAGAAGGUGUGUAUGUGAUGGUGGGCGCGGACGCCCCCUUCUCGUCGUGCCUGCGGGAGGUGGAGGGACCCCACAACCAGCUGCGCUGCAGCCAGGAGAUGGAGCCCGCCAUCAGCUGCGACAAGAAGUUCCGGGCGCAGUUCGACAUCGACUGGUGCAAGAUCUCACUGGUGGACAUCAACAAGCUGGGGACCAGCCACAGCCACAACCGGCCCGAUCCAGGCACGGGGAUCCUGGCCGAGUUCGGGGAGUACAACCCCCCCUCAGAGUCCCUGAAGAGCCGCGACUACUACGCAGACUUCCUUGUGACGCUGGCCGUGCCCGCCGCCGUGGCCAUGGUCCUGUUCGUCAUCCUGGGCUAUACCAUGUGUUGUAGACGGGAAGGGGUGGAUAAAAGAAACAUGCAAACACCAGACAUCCAGCUGGUGCACCACAGCUCCAUCCAGAAGUCCUCCAAGGAGCUGAGGAACAUGUCCAAGAACCGCGAGAUCUCCUGGCCCCUGUCCACGCUGCCCGUCUUCAACCCCGUCAGCGGGGAGGUGGUGCCCCCCAUCCACCCGGACAACUACGAGACCACCAGCAUGCCCCUCAUGCAGGCUCAGACAAACCUGCAAAACCAGAUUACAAUACCACAGCAGCGACCAUCAGGAGAUAGUUAUGUAAUGUCAACAUUUCGAAGGCUGGAGGUAAAUGGUAUUCCUGAGGAGCGGAAGGUAGCCGAGGCGCUGAACUUGUGACCAGGGGUGGACCCAGCUUUACAGCUCACAGCGCCAACGACGUGUUGCACUUACAUCGCCUAUGUGUUGCUCUUACAUUCAUGCCAUUCUGCAUGCCUCAAACGCAUGUAUCCCCCCCACCCCCUACAUUGUUCGGUCUUUUCAUUUUUAUAUUUUUAAAGCAUUCAAAAAAGGGAAAAUUUGUUUGUUGGGUUUGUGUGUUAAAGUCGCAAUGUGUAACAUUUAAUCUAGCUCGUAGCUUAAAAUAACCUGGCAAUAUAUGUACUCAAUGCUGAACGAUAGUGAUUUAAAUAAUGCAAUUAAUAAAAUGAACCCUAAAAUGAACCCUUGAUAUAUAUAUAUAUA